UCUCUUUCCCGUCAUAUGGACAGCUCACAUGACGGUUUCUGUUUCCAUCUGAAUACCCGCCUUUCUCUCUUUGUUACAGAUGUCAUGUACUUUCCACCCAAAAUCCUGACAAGCGUUGGCUCGAAUGCUUCCUUUCAUUGCAUCUACAAAGAUCAAAACCAAAUUAUUUCCUCAAAGCAGAUAGUUUGGUGGAUGAAUCUGGCUGAGAAAAUCCCUGAAACGCAGUAUAGCGUUGUGGGUGACCACGUUAGCAAAGUUACGUUCUCCAACUUGAAAGCCACCCGACCUCGCGGGAAGUUUGCCUAUGACGCAGUGUACUGCUGCAGUGAGCAGGAGUGCCACCACCGCUACGCCGAACUGUAUGUGAUCGAUGUCAAUAUCAAUAUAUCAUGUGAAACUGAUGGGUACUUAACUAAAAUGACUUGCAGAUGGUCACCCAGCACAAUCCAAUCACUCGUGGGAAGUACUGUGCAGUUGCGGUAUCACAGGAGCAGCCUGUACUGUUCUGAUAGUCCCUCUAUUCAUCCUACGUCUGAGCCCAAACACUGCAUCUUGCAGAGGGAUGGCUUCUAUGAGUGUGUUUUCCAGCCGAUCUUCCUAUUAUCUGGCUAUACAAUGUGGAUCAGGAUCAACCACUCUUUAGGUUUGCUUGACUCUCCACCGACAUGCGUCCUUCCUGACUCCGUAGUAAAACCACUACCUCCUUCUAGUGUGAAAGCAGAAAUUACCGUAAACAUUGGCUUACUGAAAAUAUCUUGGGAAAAGCCAGUCUUUCCAGAGAAUAACCUUCAGUUCCAGAUUCGAUAUGGCUUAAGUGGAAAAGAAAUGCAAUGGAAGAUACAUGAUGUAUUUGAUGCAAAAUCAAAGUCGGCCAGCCUGCCAGUGCCAGACCUGUGUGCAGUGUAUGUGGCGCAGGUGCGCUGCAGGCGCUUGGAUGGCCUCGGGUAUUGGAGUAACUGGAGCAGCCCGGGCUAUACGCUUAUCAUGGACGUAAAAGUUCCUUUGCGAGGACCUGAGUUUUGGAGAAUAAUGGAUGGCGAUGUCACUAAGAAGGAGAGAAAUGUCACCUUGCUCUGGAAGCCCCUGAUGAGCAAUGCCUCACUAUGCAGUAUGAGGAGGUAUGUGGUGCAACACCAUAAUGCCUACAAUGGGACAUGUUGGUCAGAAGACGCAGGAAAGCAGACCAAUCUCACCUUCCUGUGGGCAGAGCAAGCAUACACGGUCACAGUUCUGGCCAUUAAUUCCAUUGGUGCUUCCCUUGCCAAUUUCAACCUAACUUUCUCAAGGCCCAUGAGCAAAGUGAGUGUUGUGCAGUCACUCAGUGCUUACCCGCUGAGCAGCAGCUGUGUGAUCCUGUCCUGGACACUGUCACCUGCUGAUUACAAUCUAUUUUACCUGGUUAUCAAGUGGAAGAAUCUUAAUGAAGAUGAUGGAAUGAAAUGGCUUAGAAUCCCUUUGAACGUCAAGAAGUAUUAUAUCCAUGAUAAUUUUAUUCCCAUUGAGAAAUAUCAAUUUAGCCUUUACCCAGUAUUUAUGGAUGGAGUUGGAAAACCAAAGAUAAUUAAUGGUUUCACUGAAGAUGCUGUCAACAGGCAGCGGAAUGAUGCAGGGCUGUAUGUGAUCGUACCCAUAAUUAUUUCCUCCUGUGUCCUCCUGCUUGGAACACUGCUAAUCUCACACCAGAGAAUGAAAAAGUUAUUUUGGGAAGAUGUUCCAAACCCCAAGAAUUGUUCCUGGGCACAAGGACUUAAUUUCCAAAAGGUCACUUUUUAAGUAUUUUAACCCAGAAUAUCUAAGGCUGCACUUUAGAUAACUUAUGACUUCUAGAUUUUUAAAUAUCUUUAAAAGGCUUUAUUUUGCUCAACUCAUUUUUAGGAAGUCUGUUCCUCAUUUGUCCUUAGCAAUAGCUGGCUGUAGGCAUUUCAUCAGAGGAGACAAAGUUCUGCCCCUUAUCUCAUGAGAGUUGACAGCACAUCUUUCUUUCUUCUCACAAUACAUGAAAAAUAAAUACUACAACAGAAAGUAACAUUACAGAUGGAGAAUAGAUAGUUGACUCUUUUCUGUCAGUAUAAGUGAGCUGUC